GGUGAUAGCUUUGUUAUGGAAGGUUUGGGAAUCGCUUCCUUUUAGGUGGUUGUAGAAUAUAACGGCUCUUUUCUGGAUUUGGAUAAUUAGCGGGUAUCCGGCUCGUUCUGCUCUGCAUGCAUUAUUUUGUGUUUUACGUUUAACACAGAGGAUAUUUGAGCAUAAUUCUGCAUGCAUAGUCAAUUUGGUGUUUGUCCCAUUUUGUGAAUUCUUGGUAGGCGAGCAGACCCCAGACCUCACAAACCUUAUUAUUAUUAUUUCGAAUGAAUUCUAUGAGGGGGGAGGUUGUUCAAUUUAGGCCUAACUGUCUCCAAAUUGAGCUGGAAUUUAGUGCAAAGGGAUUUGAGAAACGUGAUUAGUUGACGAUAGUCCUAUGCCAUUGGCCUUCAGUCUCGUUUUGCGCCGCACAAAAUAUCAGAGCUCAACAACGACUGGAUACUUGUUUAACAUCACCAGUACCACAUCCUUAUAUUUUCAUACGCGCAAACGUGAUUAUAAUAGACAGGUUGGAACGUCUGACUGAAAUACAGGGCAACUUUUUUUUCUAAACGAGUGGCGUUUGAAUUUUUUUAUAAAAAUGCCGGACAUGAUUGUUUGGUUGAGGGACAAUUCGGAACUGUCCCAAACAAUCCGGGACAUGUGGGUCACCCUUCCCCUUAUUUUUCUAUUUGACGUUCAUGUGUGAGUCUUGAACGCGCAUAUCCUUUUAGAACGGAGUUUACAGGAGUAGUACCAACCGGGAGUGGCCAGCCAGCUGCCCAAAACAACAGCAGAACUCUAUGCAACUGGCAAGUUGAAUGUCAGGGGGCCUGGUGCUCUCUACUCAGUAAUUUCUCCUGUGGCUGCUGCAAAGGAGAACCAGAUGUCAUAAACCAAGAUUGAAGCCUCCCACAUUUUGGGGGAUUUAAUACCUGUACAACCAAUCAGCCAUGGGAGUCUGUCCUGCUGUGUCCAGGUACUUCCGGAGGUGGAAGUAUAUGAUACUGUUGCUGCUCUCUGUCUCCGUUUUGGCUUGGAUCGCCACUUUUGCCGGCGAAACAGUGAAAGCAAUUCAGGAUACCCAUAGGUCAGCACAGACACUUGAGGAUAACGCUGAGGUCCUGAGGGGGGGCAUGCAAUACUCAUGGAAAACAGUGAUGCAAGUCUUCUCCAAUCCUCUCCCUGAUACCCCACCACCAAAAGAAAGCUGUCCUGAGAAAUCACCACUGCUUCAUGGAGCCCUGAAGCUGACGUUCAAGGACUCUUUAACGCUGAAGGAGGUGGAGAGUGAGAACAGUGGAGUGGCUGAGGGCCAAUACCAGCCUCCAGACUGCCUCGCCCAGCAGAGUGUGGCCAUCCUCAUCCCUCACCGUAACCGGGAGAAACACCUCCUCUACCUCCUGCAUCACCUGCACCCCUUUCUUCAGAGGCAGCAGCUGCACUACGGCAUCUACGUCAUCCACCAGGCUGGAGAGGUGACAUUUAAUCGUGCCAAGCUACUUAAUGUGGGGUACUUGGAGGCACUCAAGGACUACGAUUGGGAUUGCUUUGUUUUUCAUGACGUGGAUUUGGUUCCAGAGAACGACUACAACCUAUACAAGUGUGACCAACAGCCCAAACACUUAGUGGUCGGCAGGAACGCCACAGGAUACAAAUUGCGAUACAAAGGGUACUUUGGAGGGGUGACGGCCAUGACGAAGGACCAGUUUCACAAAGUGAAUGGCUUUUCAAACACUUACUGGGGAUGGGGUGGGGAGGAUGAUGACCUUCGCAUCAGGGUGGAACUCCAGAAAAUGAAGAUUAUACGGCCACCCCCUCUUAUAGCACGCUAUACCAUGGUAUUUCAUAAAAGAGAUAGCGGCAACGAAAUUAAUAAAGACCGGAUGCUCUUGUUAGGACGGACACCUCAAGUCUGGAGAACGGAUGGCCUUAACACCUGCUCCUACAGUACUCUCUCAGUUGAGAGGCCACCUCUGUACAUUAAUGUCACAGUGGACAUUGGCAAACCACUGCACUGAGUCUUCAGAGCAUCUGUCUUGAUUUGCUGCAUUGAAUGCAGUAAUGGUGCUCUGGUAUGUCCAUGCCUACAUGUUAUGUACCUGCCCUAACAAACAGAGUGGCAGUAGCUGGUAAGCAAAAGUUUUCACGGUAAACCAUUCCAAGCAGGGCGCGUAAUAUCGCCAGGUCCUAAUAACGUAAAGUCUGGAAGCCCUUCAGUCAAAACUGGUGAGUAGUUUCUAGGGAUGAGAAUAAAACCACAAUUAAAUGUUGCUCUGCAUAGAGUUUUGCUGUGACUUAAUUGUUUCAACAAGUAUUUACAUUCUAAUAGAGCAUUUUAUUCUUUUUUAAUUCUAAAGAAUCAUGGAUUUUUUUCAUUUCUUAAUCUCUGGUUGUCAAAUAAAAAUGGGAACCAAGAAUUGCUCUCAAAUCCCUCCUACAUGAAUUGAUGAAUGGUGAAGGUAAAAUGGAGGAACAAGGGACAACAUAGGACACAAGGAACACGUUUUCAUAUAUGAAUCAUUCUCACAUUUGUGAAAGUAUGCUACAUGGAAAUUAAGUGUAGUUUUUAUGCAAUCUUGUUACAACAGCCAACAGUGAUAUCACAGUGUAGAUGGCUUCAUUUUCUAGACAUCACAAGUUUUAUAUUUUGAAUAUGCUGCUACAAGAUUUGUGAAGUAACUCCAACACUAAUUUAGUCAAAUGUCUAAUAUUGUAAAAUACUUUGCUUCUGUUGCCUUAAUUCAUCCAGUUGUAAAAGUACCAGAGGUCCAUUCCUGUUUUUUUUUUUUAUUGCUGAGCUAUACUUUUCCGGUCAAAUAUAUUGCCACCCUUACAUGAUUCACUAUUUAUUCUCAAAUAAGUUUAAAUAAACCAAAACAUGUGUUCUUCACAUGUGUAUUUGUAGGUUUUACAACUGCACAGACCCCCGCCCCCCCAAAAAAACAACUGAAAUUUAGAUUUUUCACAUCGAAGUCAAAUGGCCUGCAAUAACUUAUUCAACAUUCUAAAUAAUUUGGUUGGAGUCAAGAUUCCCCCCCCCCCCGUCUAUCUGGGUCCUUGUGGGCCAUCUUGAGUCAAAGCAAGCUGUCCCAUUUAGGCUGUUAAGAGCCACAUACUGCCUUUGACACUUUCACCAUUUUGCACAAAUGUAUUCUUCAUCUAUGCCUGUUUUAACAAUGUUAUUUAUCAUAUCAAAUAUGACUAUUGUGUUUAAAUGUUUAAUAUAUUUUAAUAUGGUUUUGGUAUGGCCUGCUCUUUCACAUGUAUCCUUCUGUAAGUUAUGCAUCAUUCAUAUUUUCAUGGUGUGCGGUUACAGCUAUAUGAGUAGUACUGUAGUGUUGAACAUUUGUUUGUUUCUGUGGUCCUACUUUAUCUGAUUUAUAAAUUAUUGAUGUUUUAGAAUAUGUUUUGGGAUGCCAUAAUGACUGAUUAAUUAAGAGUGCCUUGUUCGGUGAGACCUUUCUCUCUUGAAUCUUUUCCUUUCAAAAUAACAUUUUUAAUCUUGUAGAUUGUUUUAUAGGUGGGAAGAGACAUGAAUCAGAUGGGACUUGUGAAUUUCUAUAAACAAAGUCAUUUUCAAGUGUGUUUUAGUUGGGGAUAGUCUUCGAUUUGCAAUGUAGGGUUGUGUAAUGUGAUUGUUUAUACAGUGGGUUGAUGAUACUGAUUUGUAAAGUAGGGUCCUUAGCUGAACUUAAACAGAAAGUCCCUGUUCUUCACCCUCUACCUCUACUGCUCUACAAAUGAUGGACAAGAUGGAAUGUAAAAUGUUUUUAUCUAUACUAAAUAUAAAUGCAACAAUUUUACUGAGUUACAGUCAAAUAAGGAAAUUAGUCAAUUGUAAUAAAUUCAUAAAUGCCUAAUCUAUGGAUUUCACACGACUGGGCAGGGGCGGGCUUGGGAGGGCAUAGGCUCACUCACUUCUGAGCUAGGCCCAGCCAACUAGAAUUCUCUAAAAUUAUGUUGGAGGAGGCUUAUGGUAGAGAAAUGAACAUUUAAAUUCUCUGGCAACAGUUCUGAUGGACAUUCCUGCAGUCAGCAUGCCAAUUGCACGCUCCCUCAAUUUGAGACAUCUUUGACAUUGUUAGUGGCCUUUUGUCCCCAGCACAAGGUGCACCUGUGUAACGAUCAUGCUGUUUAAUCAGCUUCUUGAUAUGCCACACCUGUCAGGUGGAUGGAUUAUGUUGGCAAAGGAGAAAUGCUCACUAACAGGGAUGUAAACAAAUUUGUGCUCAACUCGAGCGAAAUAAGCUUUCUGUGCAUAUGUAACAUUUUUGGUCUCUUUUAUUUCAGCUCAUUAAACAUGGGACCAACAAUUUA